GACCAGAUGAAGAUACUGCUGUAUUUGCAAGAGGUACGGGAAGUUAUGAAGAGUUCACUGGUGAUGGUGGUAGCAUAUCCGUUUUGGGAAGAGGAAGAGACGGGGACGACGUGAAAGAUGUUGGCAGAGGAGAGGUUGUAAUUGCGAGAUGGUCGGAUAUUAGAGAGCAUGUUGAGAAGGGAGAAAUGGAACUGGUCUGAAAGAUCCAUUUUGAGCAAGCACGCCGCACAAUUCGCGGCCCACCUCCGUCGCGGAUGGAGAACGACCUUGCUGUUGAACGGGAUGCCCUGUGGAGGGGCCCACGUACCCAUUCAAAGCUCUUCUCGUCUGGUGGCUCAUCUAUUACUUGUAUUGCUUGUUCUACUAAGCUAAAUUGGCUGACAAAAUGCAUGGAACGGAGAGACGAUCCGUGGAAUUUACAACUGCCGAGAGUCAUUACGCUUGAGGAGGAGUAUGAGCUGUUGCAUUACAUCGGAUGGAUACUGAUACUCUCGCAUCACGACAAAAUAACUUUGGCGAGCGGGAAGCGGCCGUAAGGGUCAAUUGAUAAAGGCAUUCCACACCCUUUUCUAUAUCCGCACUCCGCAAAAUAGGAUGAUAGACUCAUGACGUACUGAAAAGGCCUGUCUAAUUCAGAGCAACACUUUGAAGAUUAGAAUCCUAGCUUGCCUGGUGGUUGAACGAAACAAAAUGUUAAAAUUUGGCGGUAGACGCAUCAGAAGCACAAUGAGCAAUCGCCUAUAAAAAUUCUGAUUUACAGACAUCCUCAAUUCAGAAGGUCGAGCUCAUGAGAGGUUUUUCUUCUACGUGAAUGGUUUGUUAUACCGGAAUAUUCAUACGUCGCAAUUGUUGUGACUGACCCACCGAUUUAAGCACAAAAAUAUUUAAGCUUCGAUGUUUCUCCGGAUGUAGAAGGACAAGUGGAAGAAGCGGAAACAGUUAUCUAAAUAUACAUUUACUUAAGCUCAUCAAAAUUUUCCUGUACCUCCUCACCCAAGCAAGCUCUUCAGUUUCCUCAUACUGCAGAUAUGUCCACAAAAGACAACAGCAAUUCCACGCAACAGCCCUCCGAGGCUUGCAGCGUUCCUUCUAUAAAUCCGCAGUACUCAUCCAACUCGGCUCAUUCUCGUCAGGUUCCUCGUGGCUCUGACCAGGCAGAUCCACCACCUUAUUAUGAAGAGGCUCAACGUGUUUGGCACAGUGAGAACUCUCGCUCAUCGGAUAUGAACUCUACACUCUCAGAAGCUGCAGAUGUCUCUGAUGCAGAAGCGAACCGACCUCUUAUUACUGAUGGGUUUGAAGGCUAUGCUUUCACCGAGCCUAUUGGGUCCGAUAAUGCGAGGUCUUAGUGUUUUGAUGAGUUCGGUCGAGUCUGGCAUCUCCAUCCCUCAAAGUGGUCGACGAGCCUCUCUUGAUGACCUGAGUAAUAAUGUAGUCAGAGGGUGUCAAAUUUCGGUUUUUCAAAGGAGGACCCGGUUCUCGUCAUUGGCGGA